AGGUGAUGUAAUUGUGUGUCCCUAUUGCGCUGAAUUUUUAUUCGAACGCAAACCGAAGGGCGCAUCCCCAUUUUGUCGAGGAAAAAUCAAUAGUGAAAAGAACUUUUAAGGUAUCCUUCUAUCUACGUGCUAGCGCAGGAAAUUCAAACAAUCAGGCCAACCACUCUAUUGGACGGUCGAAUGCUUUCGCGAUCAGUUGUGAGUGCACGCCGUCGGAAAGCGCAUUAUUUUUGACCAGAAGAGAAGACUCAAGUUUCGGAAACUGUUCAUAAAAUCGUGAAACAUGCGGUGCUGGUUUGGAUUAUUGCUGUUAUCGGUGAGCACGUGUUGGUUCCCGGGAAGCGUAAAUGCAGCCACCUUUACCGUCACGUCCGAGGUGUACAUGGACAUAUCGAUCGAUGGCGAAAAGAUGGGAAAGAUAAUCAUCGGGCUGUUCGGUGAGGAAGCGCCACGUACGGUGGCCAACUUCCGCCAAUUGUGCACCGCUAGCGUGGACGGAUUCAGCUACCGGGGAAGUCGCUUCCAUCGGGUCAUUCCAAAGUUUAUGAUUCAAGGUGGCGACGUGGAGUCGGGUAACGGACACGGAGCGAUCAGCAUGUACGGGAAAUACUUUGAUGAUGAAAAUCUCAAAAUAAAUCACACCAGCUCAGGCUUCAUUGCGAUGGCAAACCGUGGCCCAAACACCAAUGGGUGCCAGUUCUACAUCACCACCAUGCCCGCACCCUGGCUGGACGGCAAGCAUGUUAUUUUCGGUAAGGUGAUGGACGGCCAUGGCGUGGUGCACAAGGUGGAACAGGUGCGGACGGACACUGACGACUAUCCGGUGAAACCGGUCAUCAUCGACGACUGUGGGGAUGUUCCGGUACUCAGUCCGUUCACCGUUUCGGAUGAUCCGUACGACUUGUGGGCCUGGAUUAAAGCUUCCUCAAUGCCGCUCGGAAUGUCGUUCUCCAUUCUUGCUUUCUUCCAAUACAUCAUAAGAAAGCUGGACGGGUUCACCAACCGUGUGGCGCUGCAGGACCAGCAAUUAGCCAAAAGUGAAUAAAAUUCUACUACGCGACUACU